AUGGACGAAGGCUCCCCUACCUACCGGGACCAGUUUGCCAUCCCCACGUUUAAGCUGUUGGGGAUCACCCACUCUGACUUUGCAGAUGACGACUUGAGUAUCUAUUUCUGUGGCAAUUCGCUUGGUCUCAUGCCCCAGGCCACUCCCAAGGCCAUUGAGGAAGAGUUGAAGGCGUGGCACGCCCGCGCUGUCGAGGCUCAUUUUAACCAUCCAAACGAUAACCAUUGGGUUGAUAUUGAUUUACCUUUGCUUCCGUUAACUGCUCCUUUAGUCGGUGCUAAGGAAAAUGAGGUGGCAGUGAUGGGGUCGCUUACAGCCAAUUUAAACGCCCUCCUCGUGUCAUUUUACAAACCAAAGGGCUCGAAAACGAAGAUUUUAUUUGAAAAACACGCCUUCCCCAGUGACUACUACGCCUUCCUCAAUUUGGUGAAAAUUUACGGCUACGACGAGUCUCACCUCAUCCAGAUCGCCCCGAAAGAAGGCGACACUUACUUGAAAACUAAGGAUAUCAUCGCUGCAAUUGAACACCACAAGGACGCACUUGCCCUUGUGUGUUUCCCCGGGAUCCAGUACUAUACCGGUCAAUGGUUCGACAUCGCCACUAUCACUAAAGCCGGCCACGAUGCUGGGGCAGUUGUCGGUUGGGACUUGGCCCACGCUGUCGGUAAUGUCCCCCUCGAAUUACACGCCUGGAACGUCGACUUUGCCGUGUGGUGUAACUACAAAUACCUUAAUCUGGGCCCUGGGGCGAUGGCGGGUAUUUUCGUCCACGAGAACCAUACUAAGGAAAACUCGUCUGAGCUGUUCCCACCUCGGUUAGCAGGCUGGUGGGGGAAUAAUGCUAGUGACCGCUUCAAAAUGUUGGAGAAGUUUGACCCUAUUCAACUGGCCCUUUCCUACCGCCAACUGAACCCAUCAGUGCUUGAUGUCGUGGCCGUGAAGACGUCGUACCAAUUAGUGGCUGCUGCUGGAGGCGUCACUACUUUAAGACAAAAGAGUCUUGCUCUUACUCAACACUUAUGGGACUUGUUGGUGCAAUCACCGUACUACAACGCCACCUCUUCGCCCUGGUUCAAAAUCCUCACGCCUGAAGACCCCGCUGAACGUGGGGCUCAAUUAUCAGUACUCUUUGGUCCUCACUCGGAUGACCCGGCUCACGAUACCAUGGAACAGGUGUUCCAGUACUUACACGACCACGCCAUCAUCUGCGACGAGCGUCGCCCUAACGUCAUUCGUCUUGCUCCCACACCCCUCUACAACACGUUUAGGGAGGUAGAAAUUGUCGUCCAGCGGGUCAACGAAGCCCUCGAUGCCAUUGCUCGUAAACAUUCGUAA